AUGGCGCCGAAAGCAGAAGACAAGAUUGUACCCGACGAGGAUACGGGCGCGGCGCUCCUGGACAGCAACGACAUGAUCUUGUCCGUGGCGGGCAGCGGCGCCACCCACGCGGCGGCCUACCUCUGCACCCGAUUCCCGCAGCAGGCCAGCGGGGGCACCAUCUGCCUCUCCAAGCGGCCCUGCUCGUUCUGCACCAAGCUCAUGAUCCAACGCGGCGUGCGACGCAUCAUCGUGCCCGAGCUCAGGCACACUGCAGCGGGCACGGUGGAAACAAUCACGGUGGCGUGUUACGACGAGUACGGCAGGCCUAUGAGCAAGAAGCAGCAAGGCGACAAGUUCCAGGUGCGGGUCUACAAGCUGUGGCUUGGCGAGGAGGACGGAGAAGAGCUGGAACUGGGUCCGAGGGAGCAUUCGAGAGAGCACUACUUCGACGUGGCGUUCAAGGUGCCGGCAGGGCCUGGAGUCUACAAGGCGGUCCUUCUUAAGAGUGGUAAAGUCGUGGACAUGGAGCAGUGGAUGGUGAGUGGCACCACCACGAGCCCUGAUGAUCGUUCGUGGAUCAGGCCGGACGAGCGUGAGUACUGCGAGGAAGAACCAUACAAGCCCAGCACCGAGGCCCACAAGCCCAACAUCGAAGAGCGAACUACGUUUCUCAACCGACUACUGCAGCGCGGCAACACUGCCUUUUCAACGCUGGAUCUGCCUCGCUUUCAUCAGGAUGUCUUUGAUAAGCUCUUCAACUACUACAACGGCGCGUUCAUCUCAAUCGACAAGAACGGUGCACUCAACAAGGCACAGACCAAGAGGGAGAAAGAAAGAAGCGCGACGGCCUGGCUGAUGGGGCUGGGCAUCCUCGCCAGUCUGCGAUCCCAGGACGAGAGUGUCAAGGUCGGCGCCGUGUUGGCCAGGACAUUGAUCCCCCAAGAGAAAACACCACAGGCCGUGGCCUGCAACUUUCCCAAGAAGUGGCGAGAGGAGGAGGAGGAGGAGGCGAAACGCGCCCAAGCUUACCUCGAAGAAGAAGAAGACGAAGAACAAGAUUACGACGAGCCGCCCGAAGAACAGUUCACGAUCGAGAUCUUUGGUGUGGGCUACAACGGGCCGAAGAAGGACUCGCUGCACCGCGACUUUGUGCAGGGCGACGGCGACAAGGGCAAGUGGGUCGUGCACGCCGAGCAGAACUUGCUUCUGUUCCGCUGCAUCGACGACGUAUCGCAGUGCGAGCUCUACUCGACGCACUCGCCCUGCAUCCAGUGCUCGGGGCUCGUCAGGGCGAUGGGCAUCAAGAAGGUGCGCUACCUUUCGCCCUACCGACCGCCCAUCGACCUCCACAGCGACCGCCGGGCGGUACAGUUUGUUGAUGACGUCCUGCUGGGGUUGGUCGAGACCCACGUCGAGCAGGCGCCGCGCCGGCUCUUCCAGGGCGAGGGAAGCCAAGAUUCUCAGUAUUGCAAAUUAUGA